AUGCUUAAUUGUGUAGCUAAUGAGAACAAAGAUAGAAUGAAGCGUGACAAAAAUCUUAUCGUCUUUGGCAUUCCAGCAUCGACUAAAAAAGAACCUAACGAGAAGCAAGUAGACGAUGAGAACAAAAUAAAAGAGCUUCUAACCAACGUUAAAAUUAAUUCGGACAACAUAAUAAAAUGUUUUCGCUUACGGUCAAAAGAUCCGAAUAAACCUCCACCUAUUAUAGUUGAGACGACAGACACUGUCGCCAGAAAUAAUAUUGUUAAAGCAGCCUGGCGUAAAUUUGAAGGCAUCUAUGUUAAUCCAGAUCUGACAGAAGCACAAAGAAGACAAGAUAGACAAUUACGAGACGAGUUGAAAAAGAAAAACGAGCCUCUUAAUUUAAAAAACAACUGGGCAAAGACAAAGCGAAAGUCAUUUUCAACUAUUAGUCUACUACAACAGUCAGCUUUCCAUAAAAUACCAUGCUGUUAUACCAAUGCUACAUCUCUUAACAAUAAAAUGCCAGAGUUUCUAGCAUCAAUUGAGACAUACAACCCUAAAAUAAUCUUUGUUACAGAAACUUGGUGGCAUGAAUCAUCGAUAACUAACAUUGAAAACUAUAUGUUAUUCAGAAAAGAUCGCGUGUCCAGUAGAGGAGGUGGGGUGGCUAUUUAUGUCGACACUUCAUUAAAACCUAAUGAAUUAAGCGAAAUUGUUUUAUUAGAUUCCCCUGAACAAAUUUGGUGCGAAAUAUCGUACGGUUCCGAACACAAAGCGAAUGGAUAUAAAAAUCUUAAACUAGUCAACGAAUACAAAGCGUGUAAUAUUCAAUUGAAGAAGCUCAUAUAUAAAGCUCGUUGUGAGUUUGAACUUGAUUUAGCGAUAAAAUCGAAGCACAACCCAAAGAUCCUCUUCAAUGUUUUCAACAAAAAUGAAGACGAUGAACUGCCAUAUUUUAUAAAACGAACUGAAGCCAUCUGCAAAUACUCGCAAAUAACGCUAGAUCUGGUUAAAAACAAGCUGAGCAAUUUAUCAGUUGUCAAAACCGUUGGUUUGGAUGGUGUAAGCGCAUAUGUACUGAAGAACUGUUCUGACAGCUUCUCAAUACCUUUAAGCGCAAUUUUUCAGAAGUCGCUAUAUAGUGGGUGUUGUCCUAAAGUAUGGAAAAAAGCUAAUGUAACACCACUGUUUAAAAAUGGAAGUGGACUCGACCCAGGCAAUUACCGGCCUAUAUCCUUAACAUCAGUUGUAUGUAAAGUGAUGGAGAAAAUAUUACGUGACACUAUGGUCAAUCAUUUAGUCGAACAUAGCCUUAUUUCAAAAAAUCAACAUGGUUUUGUCAAUAAAAAAGCUUGUGUGACUAAUUUGUUGGAGUCGAUUGACAUGAUGUCAAAAGCAUUAUCUGACAAGAUAUCUAUGGACGUAGCUUUUAUAGAUUUCAGUAAAGCAUUCGAUAUGGUUUCCCACAAGAGACUAAUUUACAAACUUGAGGCAUAUGGUUUUACUGGAAAUCUCCUGAAUUGGAUAAAAUCGUUUUUACACCAGCGUUUUCAACGAAUCGUCAUGGGCGAUUAUGUUUCCUCGUGGCUUGAGGUAUUUAGUGGCGUCCCUCAAGGAUCCGUAUUAGGUCCAAAACUUUUUAUCAUUUUUGUGAACGAUAUAUCCGAUAUUGUUAACUAUCCAUGUAAAAUGUAUGCUGAUGACACUAAACUGCUGGCCCGUUUAGACCACCCAUUAGCUUCACAAACGCUUCAAACUGAUAUCUACAACAUAGCCGAUUGGUGUAAUACCUGGAAAAUGAAACUUAAUCUCGAUAAAUGUAAAAUCAUGCACAUAGGUAAAAAAAAACAACUUUUAUGUCUACUCAAUGCCAGCUAA